UCAGAGCGAUUCAAUAUUGGUUUCAUGUGCUGUGUAACUAAGAACCCAUCCAAUGCUAGGAAACACACGGGAGUCGUAGCGGAAUAAAUCGGCAUAGUACUAGUAGCAAGUCUGAAUCGUGCGAAACUCGACAUUCACUUAUUUGUAUAUAUUGACUUGCCGAGUGAAUAAACGAAGUAGUGUGUGUAGCGAAUCAUGUGUGUACGCAUCAACACUAGUAUAACAGGAAGGAUUUUACACUUUGUAGAUCGUUCGCGUUGAUAGCUAGAUAUGUAAACAAACCUAACAUCGAUUAAGAAUGCAGUAUUGCUUGAUAUAAUGGUAAUUUAUGUGAUGUGUGAUUUUGGAGAUGAGUGUCAUUGUGCCUCAAUGGAAUAUAAUUGUUUUAAUUUUUAGUGAACUGAUUAAUUAAUCUACAUUAUUUAAUAUGCUGCGUGGUAAUAAUUUGGAGGCAUUUGAUAUAAUGCAUGACGCGGUCUGUGAUAAUAUUAAUCAUGCACGUGUAUCACGUGCAGAUACAUGCACAUUCGAAAUGAAUCUACAAGGCACAAUGAAGUGCCUCUGUGGAUAUAGAUAUACCACGCCAUAUCCGACUCAAAUGUUAAAAACAUGUUUGCCUCGGAAUCUUGCUGUGAUACUGACAAUAUUAGUGGUGUGUAUCCUCGCGAUGACCCCCGUGGGAGGGGCUCCUGUUGAUUCCUACGAGGAUGCUACAGACUGGUACCGGGAACGCGAGCAGAUGAUGGUGGGUUACCUAGGGAAAUUUGGCUACCUUGCAGAUGCAAGCAGAGAAGUUGGGCCGGUUGGUCUGACGUCAAAAGACGCUUACGUUGACGCAAUAAAGCGUCUUCAACGUUUCGGAAACAUUACGGAAACGGGUGUUGUAGAUAGGCGGACUAUAGAACUAAUGAAUAAACCCCGUUGCGGGGUCCCCGAUGAAAGCACUAUACCAACGUCGUAUUCCUUGACGUCUGGGUUUUAUCGUACACGUCACAGGCGUUACGUGCUUUCUCCGACAAAAUGGGAAAAAAAUGAUCUCACAUAUAGUCGGGAUAUGCCAGAUGUGUACUUUUGUUGGCACGAGAAGUCUUCAGUGACAAAUGCACUAAAGCAGAUACAGAGCUCCCCCGUGGAAGCAAUACAGCAGGCGAAAAAGGGACGAACGAACGUUCUGACGGACGGACCUUCGGGAUAA